AUGAAUUCCUCCAACUGGCUCUACGCCGGCCCCUCCUCCUCAAUCCCCGACCUCUCCACCUCCAACACCCCCACCUCCGACACCAAAUUCACCUCCGCCGACUCCUCCAGCCCACCACCCUGCCUCAUCCUCUCUCUCGCAGCCUCUCCACCCGCUGCCCUGACACCCUCAGCCGCCUCCCUCACAAUCGCCCCCGAACCACAACUCCUCAUCUUCCGGUACCGCUCCAAGAUCCACGCGAUCGACCAUUCCUGUCCUCAUCAGUCGUACCCUCUGUCCGAUGGCAGUAUCUAUGACAUUGAAGACUUUGGAAUCGUGCUGUCGGCGGGAAUCGCGUGUCCGAAGCAUGGGUGGACGUUUGAUCUGUUCACGGGGGAGAGUGAUCGGGGCGGGUAUAAAUUGGGAGUGUGGGAUGUUGAGGUGAGAGGGGAGGAAGUCUGGGUUAGGAGGAGGCCGAAAAAGAAGAGGAUUGGAUGA